AUUUAUUUAGGGGUAUCUGGUUAAGACCUGGACACAAUCAACAUUGUAUUAACACAUGGGCUGUAUCCGAAUACCUAGGGAUGCAUCCAUUAAGUUUACGUCCCUACAUCCCUAAACAAAUGCACCCACAAUUUAAAGGAUUCAUUUUAAAGUAUGUACGAUAUCCGAAUAGUAAUACAGCUAGAACUGCCUGUUGGUUUGUCAUUGUACUAAUGUGGAUUGGCCUUUUAUAUUCAUGCCAUCUAAAGGUGGUCAAGUGAAACGUAAAUGAACAUUCAAAUUUUUAAACAUUUUCGGAUGAUUUAAAUUAUUGUUAGGAAUUGAAAUAUGGAAGAAAAAUUGAAUCGGGCACUUGUUGUUCCUACAAAUCAAAUUAAUUUAUUGUUUAUGUGAAUUAUGUAAACAUAUACUUAUAGUAUAAGUAUUUAUAAAUAGGCUACCAUAGUUACAUUUUACGUAUUUAUCUUUAAGUUCAAAAUCCAUUUUGAUUAACUAUCUCGUAUGACACUCUUGUUUUUAAAGGGUUAUGUUCACAACAAAGCUAAGGGAUGUAUGGACGUAUCAGUGGAUGUGAGAGUCGCGUCCCUUAAAAUCUCGAACUAGUGGAUGCAUGAGAGGAUGCAUCGACGUCCCUUGUGAGAAUUUGGAUACAACUCAAAGAUGGCCGCGUCCAUUACGUUUCACUAUCUAUGGAUCCCUUAGGCCACUAUUCGGAUACAGCUAUGGAUAAUUAUAGCGACAAGCACUUACACAACACAAAAACUAGAACAGUUCGGCUUGGCUAGUAACGGACAUAAAAAUAACCCCACUAAAUUUGUUUACUUUUUCGUUUUAGCUGCAAAAAAUGAAUGCUGCUGUAAUUGGUGGUGUUUAAGGUAAAUAUUUACUUGGGCGGUAUUUCCGAAAAAAAAUGUUAAAAAUCAGAAAAUACCUUUAUUUUAUGCUCUUCAACUUCCUCUUUUCAUUAAAAGUGGCGGAGGUAAGAAAUUCCAAAUACUUUAGGAGAUAUCGAAUUUUUAAAUUUCAUCAUAUGUAGUUGAGCGGUAUUUCCGAAAAUAAAUGUUAAAAAUCCGAAAAUACCUGUAUCAUAUGCUCUUCAACUUCCUCUUUUCAUUAAAAGCGGCGGAGAUAAGAAAUUCCAAAUACUUUAGGAGAUAUCGAAUUUUUUAAUUUUGCAAUACAAGACCUGUGGAACCAUUCCAGCGGCGCCAUUUUUGUUAUUUUGCCGUGUGUUCGUGAAUACGUGAAUCGUGAAUGCGUAAUUAAUAAAAUGGUUGAUUAGGUCAGGUCAGUUACAUUAUUAAUACUUUCAAACUAAGCCGACAUUAAAAAUUAUUUUGUGAAUUAAUUUUAAUGGCUGUUUAGUUUUAAAAUAUUUAUAAUGUAACUGACCUGACCUAACAAACCCGGACAGAGGGUGAACAGUAAACUAAAAUGGUCGAUUAGGUCAGGUCAGUUACAUUAUAAAUACUUUCAAACUAAGGUGAUAUUAAAAAUAAUGUGAAUUAAUUUUAAUUAUUCUUUAGUUUUAAAUUAUUUAUAAUGUAACUGACCUUACCUAACAAACCCGUAACAAAGGAUGUACAGUAACAACUCACGUAAAUUUUUUUGUUACUUGUUACUUGCGCAACAAUAUCAAAAUAACAAAUAAGACUUUAAAAUUAGAAACGUUAAAAACUCACCUAAGUUGGAGGCGGUAAUUAAACACCGUUUUAAACAAUAAUUGAACUAAAUAAUCACGUAUUAGUUCAUUUGAAUUCUGGCCUAUCACGAACAAUCACGUGACAUCAUUAUCCAAUAAAAAAAAAUAGAUACUCGUACGUAAACAAGAAACACUGGUGCACGCACGCCACAGGAAUGCGCUUGUUUUGUGCUGAAAUUUAAAAAUUCGAUAUCUCCUAAAGUAUUUGGAAUUUCUAAUAUCCGCCGCUUUUAAUGAAAAGAGGAAUUUGAAGAGCAUAUAUUAAAGGUAUUUUCGGAUUUUUAACAUUUUUUUUCGCAAAUACCGCUCAACUACAUAUGAAGAAAUUUAAAAAUUCGAUAUCUCCUAAAGUAUUUGGAAUUUCUAAUCUCCGCCGAUUUUAAUGAAAAGAGGAAGUUGAAGAGCAUAAAAUAAAGGUAUUUUCGGAUUUUUAACAUUUUUUUUCGGAAAUACCGCCCAAGUAAAUAUUUACCGUGUUUAAUUACAAGGCUAAAAUUAAUAUUUGCAUAAUAAAAUCCAUAAUAGCACAGAAAUUACAUAAUUAAAUGUAGAAAUUAAUCAUUUUCUCCUUUGUAACUUAGGAAAUUGGGCAGUGAUGGUAGCUUAAUUUGAUUGUGUGAACAUAAUAAACAAAAUUUAUUUUUUGACACAAUCGGUAAAUAUGUAGUUGGGCGGUAUUUGCGAAAAAAAAUGCUAAAAAUCAGAAAAUACUUUUAUUCUAUGCUCUUUCACUUCCUCUUUUCAAAACAACCAGCGGAGAUAAGAAAUUCCAAAUACUUUAGGAGAUAUAGAAUUUUUUAAUUUUGCAAUACAAGACCUGUGCAACCAUUCGACCGUCGCAAUUUUUGUUAUUUUGCCUUGUGUUCGUGAAUGCGUAAUUAAUGAAAUGGUUGAUUAGGUCUGGUCAGUUACAUUAUCAAUACUUUCAAACUAAGCCGACACUAAAAAUAAUGUGAAUUAAUUUUAAUGGCUGUUUAGUUUUAAAAUAUUUAUAAUGUAACUGACCUGACCAAACAAACCGGGACAGAGGAUGAACAGUAAACUAAAAUGGUCAAUUAGGUCAGGUCAGUUACAUUAUAAAUACUUUCAAACUAAGGUGAUAUUAAAAAUAAUGUGAAUUAAUUUUGAUUAUUCUUUAGUUUUAAAUUAUUUAUAAUGUAACUGACCUGACCUAACCAACCGGGACAAAGGAUGGACAGUAGGAACUCACGUAAUUUUUUUUUACUUAUUACUUGCACAACAAUAUUCAAAUAACAAAUAAGACUUUAAAAUUAGAAACGUUAAAAACUCACCUAAGUUGGAGGUGGUAAUUAAACACUGUUUUAAUCAAUAAAUUAACUAAAUAAUCACGUAUUGGUUCAUUUGAAUUCUGGCCUAUCACGAACAAUCACGUGACAUCAUUAUCCAAUAAAAAAAUAGAUACUCGUACGUAAUCAAGAAACAAUGGUGAUAGCCACAUGAAUGCACUGGUAUUGUGAUGAAAUUUAAAAAUUCGAUAUCUCCUAAAGUAUUUGGAAUUUCUUAUCUCCGCCGCUUUUAAUGAAAAGAGGAAGUUGAAGAGCAUAUAAUAAAGGUAUUUUCGGAUUUUUAACAUUUUUUUUUUUUUUGCAAAUACCGCUGAACUACAUAUUUACCCACAAUCUAGUUAAUACACACAUUUUCUUAUUUAAUAAAUAAAGUUCUCAAAUUAUGAUGUAGUUUAUCUAUAGUGUUUAAUUGCUAAAAAACUUAUAAUUUUAAUAAUAUUAAGCAAGAUUUAAACCUUGAUACUAAUACCGGGCUUUUGUAAAUGUUUGUCACAAUGUACGAUUCUGUCUUGUCAGAUUGAAUUACUUGGAGUUAAACGGUUAUGUGCAAUAAUGUGUUUUCCUUGUAAAAAUUGUAUAUUUAUUGUGACCGGGUCAUUAGGAAACUUUAAAUCAUCCUUUUUUUUUUGUGCAUUGGUGGUUUUUAGUUAUACGUAUAUUUAUUUUAUCAAAAAUUUUUAUUUUGUAUAAAUUUAGAUCACCAUAGAUUAUGUAAACAGAUAUAUUAAGUAUAUAGAUACUCAGAAUUAUUUUUAGCUUCACCAGGUACUAGCAUUAUUUUUAGCUUGACCUCAUAAAACCAAUUGGGUUCUACAAAAUUAUAGCUUAGCUGAUUGCCAUUCUCAAAAUUAAUUGUGUAAAGACACUUGGCUACUUUAUUUCCAUGAAAAUUACAUUGCUGUCCGCUGUUGUGAUGUUACCAUACUGCUGUUAUUUCAUGCAAAUGGCAAAAAUGGCCGCUUCAAUCGCUAUACUCGCACUUCGAGAAACAAAGUGUUGCAGAUUUGUGAUAAUACUGUGAACAUUUUGUUCCAUGUAAAAUGUCGUGAUUAAAUUCCAUUCUUUUCAUAGGUAGUGUUUUGUAGACAGGUAUAUUUAUUGCAUUUUAAGAAUUUUUAUGGAAUUACUGACUGGGUUUUAGUUUAUCAACCUUCAUUCAAUUUUCCUUGAUUUUCAUAGUCCUUCACCACUAGGUAGUGGGUUUUUUGUAAUUCAGUAAAAAUAAACUUUUCCAAAACUUUCAUUAAAUUAAUAAUGUGUUUAACGUGACUUAAUAAAACUUUAUGUUAAGCUGUGUGAUUACUUACACAUGAUGUUAUCUAGGCUUUGCAUGAGAAACAUGCAACUGGAAAGGGAAAUAAAAUAUCACUAAUACAAGGAGAACAAACACAAAGUAAUCAUAAUUACAGAGACUAUAAGUAUAUAUAAAUUAUUAUCAGCAAGCUUAUGAAAACUACAAUAAAAAACACAAAUUGCAUUUCCAGAAACCAUAUGAUAAUUUCCUUAAUCAUAAGCAUUUGAUUGAAAUAUUGACCUUGGGUAGAAAGGGAACAGUUAGUAUUUACAGAGAUUCUUUCACACGCUUGAAUAUUCUCAAUAAAAACCCUCUAAGUUUUAGCAAAAUAGGUUGGAUUAAAAUAGGAAAAUAAAAAUAUGUGUGUGUGAAAUUUUUGCACGAAAUGACAAUGCUUUAAAUUUGAUAAUUUGUAGAAACAAGUAUCAUGAAUUUCAGAAUAGUAACUAAAAUUCGUGCUAGCCAGAUGGUAGCAUGUGCACUUUGAACUCUGGUUCACAUAGGGCAAAGAUAACAACUAUAUGGUAUUGUAUGUAAAAAUUAAGAAUUCAAACAGGCAUUAAUAUCUGAAAUAUAUAAGUUUAGUGGUUAACACCUACAUAUUAUAUCACAACACCCUGAAGGAAAAUGAAGAAUUAUCUGUAAAUUCUGAAGAAAAUAAAUUCAUUAAUUCAAACUUUUUAAAGAGCCACUCAACCACAAUAUAUAAUGUAAAGAAGAAAUAGCAUCAAUAUGUUCAUGAAUGUUAGCAUGUCGGACGUGAUAUUCAUGGACCCGAGAGGAGACGAACACGUGAUGGAUAUGUUUUACAUCCCAGGCCGCAUGAUCCGUUACGUUCACAUCCCGGAUGAGGUAUGUGCUUAUUGAUUCCGCCAGUCUUGCAGUCACAUAUCAACUGAGUCUUCCUUGUCUGUCUCGCACGUCCGCUCCAGAGAUGACGGAACCAUCGGGCAAAGCUCGCGACGACUGCAGCAUCUACCUUCAGCUGUGCUCGAGGCUGCACGACAGCAGCAGCGCGAAACUGCAGACGAAGGUGAACAGUUUCCUCGUGGAGAACACUCACGCAGCUGCCGUCUUCUUGGUGUUCCUCUUGCCGGAGAACGAGGAGGCCGUGGUGCAGGUCGUCGGGGGUCACGUCCUGGAGCAGGACAUCAGGUUCCCCGCAAACGUCUCCAUGUUCAGUCCAGACGGCCAGAUCUCCCAUCACUGUGCGGUGCAAGACCUGGCCCCUGACCUAGCAGCUGGAGUCAGAACCAUUGCCGGGACCGAUGUUGCUACUUUCGUCAGCGUACCCGUGUGUCGACCGGGCACCGAGCAGGUGGCCAUGUUUGCCUGCCUGGUUGGUUGCCCUGAAGGCUGGGUCCUUUCGGCCUCUAGGAUUGUCUACGAGUGUUUCUCGUACUGCUCUGGAACUUUGUUGAACACAUUUGCAUACGAGGAAGAAAUGAGACUGAAGGUACAGUGUCAGUCUUUGCUCGCCGUUGCAAGGAACCUGUUUGCGCACCUGGGUGAUGUGUCCAACUUGCUGCGUGAAAUAAUGAUGGAGGCUCGCAAACUUACCAAUGCAGAAAGGUGCUCCCUGUUCCUCUUCGACUCGAGCCACCAGGAGCUUGUUGCAAAGGUUUUCGAUGGAGAUUCCUCGAAGCGAGAGGUGCGGAUAGCCAAGGACCAGGGCAUCGCGGGACACGUCGCCAUGUCCGGCAAACUAUUGAACAUCGAGGAUGCCUACAAACACCCCUUAUUCUUUAAAGGAAUGGAUGAGGUUACCGGCUUUCGAACCAGGAGCAUUCUCUGCUUCCCCAUCCGUGACGAAAAUGGAAUAAUUGGCAUUGCCCAGCUCUGCAAUAAGAAGAACGGACACCGUUUUAAUAAAUUCGAUGAGGAAGCAGCAAUGGCCUUCAGUAUUUACUGUGGCAUCAGCAUCAUGCACAGCUUGGUGUACCAGAAGAUCCGCGAUGCUCAAGCGCGAAGUAAAAUCUCGAACGAGCUGCUCAUGUACCACAUGAAUGUUUGCGAGGACGACUUGAAGCGGUUGCUGCAUUGUGAAGAGCUCGAUGAGCCGAGGGACUACACCAGCUUCAGCUUCUCUCCGCGCUCCAUCAGCAGCGAAGUCACGCCAAAGUUCAUUUUCAAGAUGUUCGACGAUUUGGGCCUGAUAAGAACCUUCCACAUCAACCGCGAGACGCUCGCGAGGUUCAUCCUGUUCGUUAAGAAAGGCUACCGUGACGUUCCGUAUCACAACUGGAUGCAUGCCUUCUCCGUCGCUCAUUUUGCGUACAUCUCGAUCAAGAACCUGGAGCUGAUCGAGGACGGGUACCUGUCGCAGCUAGACGUACUGGCCUUCCUGGUGUCGUGCCUGUGCCACGAUCUGGACCACCGGGGCACCACCAGCAGCUUCCAGAUGAAGUCCGGCACGGCGCUGGCCUGUCUCUACAGCUCGGAGGGCUCCGUGAUGGAGCGCCACCACCUGUCCCAGGCCAUGUGCAUCCUCAACACGGAGGGCUGCAACAUCCUGGAGGGCCUCACCGAGGACGAGUACUCGCGGUGCCUGGACCUGGUGCGGGACAUCAUCCUGGCCACCGACCUGGCCAGCCACUUCCGCCUGUUCUCGGAGCAGCAGGCACUGGCCUCCGGGGGCCUGCCCCGCGGAGACCCUCGCCACAAGAACCUCCUGCUCUCCCUGCUGAUGACGGCGAGCGACCUCAGCGACCAGACCAAGGACUGGCGCACCUCCAAGCACAUUGCGGAGCUGGUGUACAAGGAGUUCUUCGCGCAGGGGGACUUGGAGAAGACCAUGGGCGUGCUCCCGCUGCACAUGAUGGACCGCGAGAAGGCCUGCAUCCCGGAGCUGCAGAUCCAGUUCCUGUCGGACGUCGUCGUGCCGUUGUUUGACCUGCUGCGACGCGUGUUUCCCGAGGCCGCGUGCCUGUUGCGCGCCGCUGAGACCAACAGGGAGUGCUGGUUGAGGGCGAAGGAGUACUUUGCGCGACGUCUGCGUGAAGGUCGCUCCUCUAGCAGCAUUCUGGGAGAGGCAGAUCUGGAGUCCCUGGUGCUGUCGCUCUCACCCGCCAGUUGUGAUUGACCUACCUUAUCCGUGUGUGUUUGUUUUUGCAAAUCACAGGCUGCGUGUUUAAUGGUGCUUUAUCAGUAUUAAUACCAUUAAUUUAUAAAAAAAAUGUUCCAUUUUUUGUGGCAGUAGUAAUAAAAAUUUAGUGCUGGGCUACUUAUUAAAGUACAAAUUUUUGUAAAAUUAGAAUAUAUUUGUUAUACACAUAUCAACCCAGUGUAUACUAAAUAUUGUGUGAUAUGAUAUAUUUUAACCUGAAUGAUAAUUAUAUAGGCCUAUAUUUAGUAAAGAAAUGUUAUUAAGUGCUCUAAUUAUAUUUUUUAAAUGGGCAUUGUUUUAUUUGCAGCAGAUGCUUGUAUGUUAGCUGUUUAUUAUAAAUUUAUAUAGUCCUAGUUAAAGUUUGUAUGAUUACCAGCAGCAAUAAAUCAGUGUAUCAGUGUUUUAUGCAAUAUACAAGUUAGUUACAAGUUAUGUAAUGCAGUAUAAGCAUGGCUUUGUAGUUGUCUGUGUUCCUACCGUACCUCCGUCAAUAGGGCACAUGAGAAAAUGAACUUGCAUAAAAGUAGUUACAGUGUAUAUAACUUUUGGUAUAUUUUAAUCAUAACUAUACAUACUAUAUGUUUAAACCAGCUCAACCAAGAUGAUUUUAUUUAUAUAUAUUUUCCUUAUAAAUUAAUUUAUGUCAAAGUAAGCCUUAAGAUGUAGUGUUUGUAUUUGCAGGAUUGUUUCUUGAGAAACCAGGAGGUGGAGGCGGGAGUUUGCUAGAGGGAAACACAAUCACUAGAGGGGGCAAUAAGUACAAAUGAGAGAGCAUUAAAGCGAGAUAAGGAAGGAAAUCAUCGGGAAGGGGAAGUAUAAGGUAAGAUGAGAGAAAUCUGAGUGUGUCAGAGGAAAGGGUAUUAGAUCAGGGGAGGAAGAAGUGAGAAAAUGAUAGAAGAAAAUAAGUGGGGAAAGUAGAAAAGAUAUUACGUGAGAAAGAAAUGAAAUAGUGUGAGAUGUAAAUUAGGAAUGGUGCAAAUUUAUUUGGAUAAAAAAAUAACCAUUGUCAGUUGUCUAUUUUUCAGAAACCCAGUGGGGAAAAACAACUGACAAAAUGUUUACUGUGAAUGUUAUUUUUUCUCUGAAACAUGUCAGUCAUACUUUUGCAUUAAAAUCUUGCCAAGGUUCAAAAAUUACAUUAAAGUUAAAUAAUUAAUCCCUUUGAAAUGGGUGCCCCUUUGUGUCUGCCUCUUUGUGUCUGAGUCCAUUAAGUGACAGCCAAUACCAAUUACUUGCUAGAAGCUCAGAACUGGCGAGCACAGUAAAACAAAGUAGCUUACAACGCCAUCAUUGUAUAGGAUGACCAUAUACUGUGUCUGAAUUAAGCUGUAAUGUAAACUGUUACUGUGCGUUAUCUUCACAGUGUAAUAAGAGUUAGGCCUGGGAUGUAUAACCUGCAGGAUGAUUGACCACACAGUUGUUGGUAUAAUCUGCAACCAUUUUUUUAAUAACACCAUAAUAAUAACAAAAGUUUUAGGUUCAUGUAAUACACCAUUUUUGUUCUAAGAUAUAAAACUAUACCAAAGAGUAAAUGCCAUUUUGUUCAUUGCAUCAUUUGUAACAGCAUGCUUUCUCAGUGUUACCAUCCAACCCACCACUUGCAAAAUAUGUAAUGAGGUUAUGCUGUGUGGCACCAGAUAAUGUAGCAUUUUUUAUGAAUAUACGACUUCAGCGUUACAGAAGGACCAAUAUAGAUAAUGUAGAAAAAUACAGUUUUGGUCUUUUCGCACCUAAACAGGAAGUGCAAAUCUCACUUCGUGUACAGGACAUCAAAGUGUGUAUCAUGUGCUCCCAAUUUAAGGCAUUGGUAACUCUUGACGUAGUUUAUUUCUGUCAGUCAAGCACUUUUUAAAGUUUUUUUCUUCUCAUGGGCAGUUUAUAAAAAGCAGCAUCAUAGCAUACACUGCUAUAAUGGGUGUUUUCAGAUUCCUCGCGAGAGAUGCAGCUAUACAGCCUCACAUGCAUCCACCAUCAAAAUUAAGAGGAAUUAGACCCUCCCUUCCACUGAUUCGGACACAGCGUACUGUUAUUUGUUUGCAUGCUGCAAAAAAAAAUUUUUCUUAUAAAGUUUUGAUACAAUAUUUGGUCACAUGCGUGGAAAUUUUUUAUAAUUGAAAUAAGAGAUAAUUCAAUGAAAAAUGUGAAACUUAUGAACAUAAAUUUUGCAGAUGUGCAUAUACUUUGCAGAUGUGCAUAUACAGCAUGUUUCAGAAAGAUGUGUAUAAACUUGGUCCAGUGGUAUUCCUGAACGUGAAAAUAGGAAGAUUGAGAUACAAUAUCGAGGGUCAAUCUCAAACAGGAAGGACUGUGGCAGUCCUGUGCAGCAAAAAAUAUAAUCUGUGAGGUAUUAUGACAUAUACCGGAAGUAUAAUAACAGAUGUUUGUAUACAUAUCAACUAAAACAAUAAUGUCAGAAAAAAAUUGAGAUAGUGUAAAAAAACAAAAAUCCUUUUUUUAUCCUUGAAUUUGUUGUAAAAUGUCUCCAACAAAUAAUUUUGUGUGAUUGCGGACUAUAAACAUUUAGGACUAAUUAAGAAAAAAAAUGUUUAUCUUUGCAACUCUCUAAUUUUUAAAUAGAUUAAAGCUUUUGCAUCCAAAUAUGAUCAACUAUUUUGACUUUCAGUGUUGAGCAGCGUUGCAGUGGUAUUAUGUACUGACGUUUCGCUCUCAAGCCUGAAGAUGUUUUCUGAGAAGCAGAGUGAAAUGAUUAUACACUCCAGCGCCAAAGCUAAGAUAGUAUAUCUCAACAGUUCUUGUGUAAAGAGCCACUGACUGACUGGUGCUCUGCAGGCCGGGUCUAUAAGAUAUGAAACUUUAUUUUAAUAAAUUGCAGCCAUCUUGAACUGGGGCAUAGUUGGCAGUGUCAAGUAACUAAGAAACAAAGGUAGAAUCACAAAGUGAAGUGCCAUAAAGUCGUUUGACACUAAGGAAAUGCUAAAUAUUACUUAUUUCAGUUAAACACUGUUCAAAAGCAAAUCUGGAAAAUUUAAAACUCCUCAUAGCCUAAUGAACUUCCUUAUCAGUAUAAUUUAUUACAAUGAUAAAAAAAUGUGUGCAUGGAGUCUAUGCACGACAAGUAAAACUUCUUGCUAAUUAGGCACAGAUAGAGAUAAAUUAUUUGUAUUUUUUUUUAUUGAACAGAAUAUAAUAAUUGAGAAUAGUAAGAAUGCAUAUAUGAUCUCAAAUGAAAAAAGAAAUAAAAGAAAUAUGGUAGCGUCAAUCAUUAGCCGUUACGAAAACUGAGUAGUAGACAAACACAAGCAGCAUUACCACUGCUGUGUCGUUUCUAUCUCUCCCCUGCCGUCUCCCCUUCCUGCCAUUACAACUAGCAUAUAACAUGCUACGCUACGUACCUAUACCCCUUCCUUUUUGCCUUUUUUUCUUUCUACCUCUAGUGCAGCGUUCCUCAAAGGUGUACAGGGUACAGGGGUCAGUCUAUUGUGCAAGUGUGAGAGCGCGCGGAACCCGAUUACAUAAAAGACGAUUCUGAGUAAACUGCUGUAUCCACCAACAAUUACUAAAUGUCUUUUUGAUGUUUGAUCCUUACUGCAAAUAUUGCAUGCUUACACUACCUUUCUGGUGUCGUCUGGAAAGAAAUAUCCUUCGAUAACUAAUAUUGUUCCAAAUUAUCUGCCAAACCUUAAAAACACAGUGUGGCGUGUUGUUAUUGAACAUUACAACGUGCACAUAAUUAGGUAUCAGGGGUCAUUAACAAUAAGUUGUAAAUAAAACUAAAUGUGGUUUGACAAUUAUUGUCAAAAAAUUUUCUUUGAAGGAGUUGGGGUUCCACCAAAAUAAAGUCGAUCAUAGGGUUCCCUGGCCAAAAAAAAUUGGGAACCACUGCUCUAGUGCAUGCAUUGGAGUGGCGUCGCACUCUCCUCCUGUACCGGUUCCCCCACUACGUACUUAACUAUUACCCUCAUGCGAUCAGCAUUUUCUUAACGCUCGAAAAUUGUACCCCUCUCAGUAAAGAAUCUUGACGAGCACAAAAAAUUCAACAUUAAUGUUAAAUGCUCAGUAGGACGGAACAAUUCAGACACAGUCCUAUCUCAAAUAUAUUCUGGUACCUCCCUUCGGCCCCUUCCCACCCACCCUCUUAAUCUUGAUCAUAGUCAGCUUACCGAGAUGCAGACUGAACUAUCAACCUUGUAUGUAUAUACGUAUAUAUAGAGUUACGUUACAGGCUUGGGAUAUUUUCCCCCGUAGGGUAUUUUCAUUAAUGUUUGGAUUGGUGUAGAUUCACCUCACUCUUACCGUACCGGCAUACCUGUUCUAAGGUAAGAGGUUUUCAUGUAGCAUCAUUGUGGUUUUGAAACCUGUAUAUAAAGUUGCAAAUUUGGCUGUAAGUUUAUUGUAUGGGUUUUUUAUACUUUGAAAAUUGUUAAAUUUUAUAACAUCAAUUCUAUAUACCUACUAUAAUUAUUUCUUAAUGUGAUAAAAUAUGAUAUUAUAUUAUUAAAGUACUGUUUGUAUGAAUUUUUGUUUGUUUAUUUAUACAACUCAAAUUUGUAAUAAAAAGAAAGUAGCAUUAAAUGUUUUGCAUGAAAAUAUGCAAAGUAAAACAGACUUUUUUUGUGAUUUUUACUGUACACAAGAUCACUUUCAACAAAUUUUGGUGAUAAAUGUGGUCUGUGUGUAUGUACUUAUGUAGUUAAAGGAUAACUGAUGUUCAUGUAGGAAUUUCUAUUAUGUGCCGAAGCACUUACAGAGGGCCAAGUAGUGGGUAAUUAAUGCUAGUCACUUGAAUUAGCUUAUUAAAGACUGUUUGGUGCUGUCUUGCCACUCACGUACCAAAAGGUAAAUGUGAGUGGAGUGAAAUAAAAAUGUUAUGAUCAUGUUAUUGAAGGUUUCAUUAUGUAUUUGCUGAGAUUUUUUUUUUUGCUUAAAACCAGGCGUAUGUUACCUAUUUAUAAUGAUAAAAUUUUUCUUAAUACAUUAUAAGUCAAAUGUUAUUUUUUUUAUGUCAGUGUUGAAUCUCUUAAUUUUAGGGCAUAAAACAUAGGUAAUUUAGCAUAGUUCAUAAUUAUUAUCUUAAUGUUCACUUUGUUUGUAAAAAGGACACAACUACUUGUGGUAUCUAUCAUAUAUUUUAAAGUAAUUGCUAACAGAAUGUUGAAAAUAUUGGAAAAUAUACUGUGGUCAAAAAUUAUUCAGGAAAGGUAUAUUUAUGAUGUCCUGUGUAAUAUACAUUAUUUAAAUUAAUGAUACAUCUAAAGAAUGUAUAUUAUUCCUGAGACUUUUUGACAGAGUUAUCUUUUGAAUGAUAAUUUAACCAAAAUAUUGGAAAUUGAUUAAUUUUUCUUCAAAGAUGCACGUUAUUUACUUUUCUAAAACUUAGCAGUAGUAUUUCUGUUGCAUUUCUGCAGAAUGUAUUCAGCAACAGUGCUCAGAUAAAUAGCAGCCUUUUUUAAAGACAUAAAAAAAUUCACAGUAAUUAAGAAAUGUAUUGUGACAUUAAAUUAUUACAUUUAAGUUCUAUAUGGCCAGUUUUUAAAUAAUGUAUUUCAAAUUUUUGGUGUUACUUAAGAAACUAAAUAAUAUUAUUAUGGUGUUUGAUAUUGGAGUACAUUCAUACAUACAAGGCUACAAGAUUGACAAUGUUUGUAAAUCCUGAUGUAUAAAAUUUAUUUUUAGACCACAUAAUGUCAAGUACAUUUUCACAUACGAUAAAAAAAAUUAGUUUUGCAUUUAUUUAAAACUUUUUUAUUUUCAAAUAUAUACAAUUUAUUUGUGUAAACCCUGUAAAAUAUGUAGGUAAGCCAAUACAUUUUUUUAUAUUACCAGUACCUAUUUGGUUAUUAGAAAUAUUUUCAUUUUACAUUAUUAUAGUUGAAAAGUUAGUUAAUAGUAGGUUUGAGCAUUUACUGCAGGGGUUUAGGAAAAUAUGUAAGUGAGGGGAAAAAAAGGGGGGGGGGGGGGGGGGUUCCAUUGGGUUCCAUCCUUCCCUGCCUGUCAAAGUAGGAAUUUAACGUAUAACAUGAAAUUCAUUAAAAAUUGACAUCUUGGAGAUUGUAGUAUGGAGUACAUUAUUUAUUAAUUCCAAUGAAUAUGAUAUUAAAUUUUUGUUAGUAAUAUGUACAUGUGUUAAUACAUCACCCUGUGAAAAUCAUUUCAGGAUACACUCCUGUGUGAUUGCACUGAACAGAGUGCUAAGGAAUGAGUAGUUUGUGAAGGUAGAUGCUAGCAACUUACUGUAUUGAUACUACAUCAAGCCAAGUAAGCUUGAAAUUACUGUGAAAUUCUAUGUCUAUGUGACAGUUCAAGAGCAUAGUUUUUAAACUUUUCAUUUGCUCAAGGGACUCGUUCAGUUGAUGUGUAACUGCAACUCAAGCCUUUUUUCCUUGUUAUCCUCAAAGAUGUUGUUGCCAAAUAUUGUAAUGAGGGAGAGAAGUUUCCUUCCUUCGGACUGUUUCCUCGAGAGAGUACCUGUGCUUAAAUAACUUUUGUGGCUUUAGUAGGGAUAUGUCGUAGAUCAGUUGAUAGCAAUAACAUGAUGGCCCUAAUAGUGCAGGAAAUAAGUGUGUGCUGUGUUUUAGUGACUUGCAGAUUAUGUACUUGUGCAGAUGUAAGCAGCAGAAGUGCUUUAAAGUUUUUCAGCGCAAUAAAUCCUUAUGAAUAAUAA